CCGCAGCUUUAUGUUCGUGCAAUCGUGCAUGGCGUGGCGCGUGCACCAACCGCGCAUCAGAAUCUGCCACCGCUUCAACCUGAAAAUUGCUUUCGUUGAAAAUUCCUGCAAAUCGCAAAAUAAUUAGGGUUUUCCAAUUCUCUGCUCAAACUGCAACCUCACUCUUCAAUUUCAAUACGUUCAGGAGGUUGUGUUUUCAUGCGUGAUUGAAAUUUGCGAAUGAGUGAUUCGAAGGAAAACGAGGAAGCUGGCCAGGGUGUGCCGGCAGCUGUGGAAGAAGACCAGCAGUUGGUUGAUGUGCAUGUUGAAGUUGUCUCUGAUCCUGUUACCGUAGAGGAAGCUUCGAAUAAUGUUGAAAAUGGGAUGGAUCGUCUUGUAAGUGAGUCGAGUCGUGUAGAAAAUGAGAAGGAAGAUCCUCCUGCUGAGGAUACAAAUGCGAAACUUGAGGCUGUGAAAGGUUCAGAUAAUGUUGGAAAUGGGACUGAUCAUCUUGAAAGUGAGUCAAAUCAACUUGAACAGGAGAAGACAGAUCCUCCUGCUGCUGAGGAUACCAAUGCGAAACUUGAGGCUGUUACGGUAGAGGAAGAUUCAGAUAAUGUUGGAAAUGGGACAAAUCAUGUUGAACAUGAGAAGGAGGACCCUCCUGCUGCUGAGGAUACAAAUGUGAAACUUGAAGCUGUUACAGUAGAGGAAGAUUCAAAUAAUGUUGAAAAUGGGACAGAUCAUCUUGAAAGUGAGUCAAAUCAUGUUGAAAAUGAGACGGCUGAGCCUCCUGCUGAGGAUAGCAAUGCAAAACUUGAGGCUGUUACAGUAGAGGAAGAUUCAAAUAAUGUUGAAAAUGGGGCAAAUCAUCUUGAAAGUGAGUCAAAUCAUGUUGAAUGUGGGAAAGCAGAGCCACCUGCUGAGGAUACACAUGUGAAACUUGAAGCUGUUUCAGAAGAUAUUCCACAAGAAUAUGUUCAGGAUACCCUUCACAAUGUUCCCGUAGAGGCCGAUGUUCAGGUUUUCAAUACAACUGAGUGUGAAGCUGCUUCUGAUGCAAAGGCGGAAGCGGAGGAAUUUCCUCAGAGUACUAAGGGUGUUAGUGUUCAUCAAAGUGGUGUUAGUGAUGCUGACACGACGAUGGAUGCUGAAACGACGAUGGGUGCUGAAACGACAAUGGAUGCUGAAAUGACAGUGGAUGCUGAAAGGACGAUGGAUGCUGAAACGACAGUGGAUGCUGAAACGACGAUGGAUGCUGAAAUGACAGUGGAUACUGAAUUUCCUCAGAUUACUAAGGGUGUUGAAAAUGAUGAUAGUGUUCAUCAAAAUGGUGUUAGUGAUGCUGACACGGCAAUGGAUGCUGAAACGACAGUGGAUGCUGAUAUUCCUCAGAGUAAUAAGGGUGUUGAGAAUGAUGAUAGUAUUCAUCAAAAUGGUGUUAGUGAUGCUGACACGAUGAUGGAUGCUGAAACGAUGGUGGAGGUGAAGCCGGAAGUUUUUAAAGCGGAAGAUAGUAAAACUUGUGAUAAUGUUGACCCCAUGCCCUCAGGUCAUAAUGAUCCUACUAUGCUGCACGCCGCGCCAGCGGAUACAAAAUCUGAGUUCAAGAAUGUAUUAGAAGUUGAGAAGGCUGAUGAAAAGCAAGCUACUGAACCUUCUGAUAAUGGGAAUUCAAACUCAAAGAACAUGUUUUUCUUGGAUCCUGAUCAUUUUUAUGAUGGUAAUGAGUCAGGAACAGAAGAGGACCAAUCAGCUUUUAUGAAAGAGCUCGAGAACUUCUUUAGGGAGCGGAGCAUGGAAUUCAAACCACCCAAGUUUUAUGGAGAAGGACUUAAUUGCCUUAAGUUAUGGAGAUCUGUAACGAGAUUGGGUGGCUAUGAUAAGGUAACCUCAUGUAAGUUAUGGAGGCAAGUGGGAGAGUCUUUCAAACCUCCAAAGACAUGCACUACAGUUUCAUGGACUUUUCGGGGAUUUUAUGAGAAGGCCCUUCUUGAUUAUGAAAGGCAUAAUAUAAAAGGUGGUGAGCUGAAUGUGCCUAUUGCUUCUCAACCAGAGCCUAUGAAUAUUGAAAAUCAGUCAUUGUUAAACGAUAAGUGUAUCCAGGCUUCAGUAUCAGGGAGAGCCCGGAGAGAUGCUGCAGCACGGGCAAUGCAGGGUUGGCACUCACAACGUCUCCUCGGCAACGGUGAAGUUAGUGACCCCAUUAUUAAGGAUAGGAAUUCUGUGCCUGUGCAAAAGCGUGAAAAGCAGCUUAAAAGCAUAAAUUUACUUAAACGUAAGAAACCAUCAUAUAUGGAUAAUGCAGUCAAAGCAGCACGAAGUAAACCAUCUAAGCCACAAUUGGAUACAGUUGUCAUUGAUAUUGGACCUCCUGCGGAGUGGGUAAAAGUAAAUGUACAGAAAACUAAAGAUUGUUUUGAGAUAUAUGCUUUAGUUCCUGGUCUUCUACGGGAAGAGGUCCGAGUUCAAUCAGACCCAGCAGGACGCUUGGUCAUAAGUGGUGAGCCUGAGCACCCCAAUAAUCCGUGGGGUGUGACACCUUUCAAAAAGGUUGUGAGCUUGCCCUCAAGAAUUGAUCCUCAUCAGACAUCAGCUGUGGUAACCCUGCAUGGGCAAGUGUUUAUUCGUGUCCCAUUUGAACAAUCAGAAUAGUUUCAUACCAAAUGGUCUCAUACCAAUCUCCUUUGCUAUGAUUUAUAAAUUUCUAGGGUAGUUGGUUAGAGGAAUUAUUCAUAAAAGUGAGGCCAAUUUCUAGGUUAGUGUAGUGUAUAUUUGUGAUUGGGAUAUUUAAAAUCCUGUUACAUGAUUUUCUCAAGGAUCACAAUUUGGCCAUAUGACCGUGUUAAUAUGAGCUAGGUAGGAUUCUGUAAUUGCUGAAGAUCAUGUCAUAAUUUUUGGGGACAUGGUUAGUGAGAUUAUAUCAAGCUUUUAAUAAUAUACAUGAAUUCUUGAGA